AUGCCCCGGCCGGAUCUUGCAGCCCUGGGUAUCGAGUAUCGGCGGAUCCCUGUAUUGAUGAUGGGGAAGGAUGUAUACUGCGACUCGAGGUUAAUCAUCCAGAAACUCGAAGAGCGUUUCCCUCAUGGCAAGCUGGGGGCCGAGGAUGGAGAAAGUAGGGCAAUCGAAAAACUCUUGGAGGUAUGGACCACGGAUGGUGGGGUAUUUGGUCGAGCGGCACAGUUGAUCCCCACUGAUACUCCUCUCACCUCGAAUCCUAAAUUCAUUGCUGAUCGAGCCGACUUUGUGAAUAACAAACCGUUAUCACGAGACACUGCGCUGAACCGAGCAGAGAGUAUGGUCCAUGCCAAGCAUGCUUUUGAGGUCAUGGAGAAAACACUGCUGGCGGAUGGUCGAGAUUGGAUACUGAAAGGAGGAACACCUACACUGGCUGAUAUCCAAGCGGUAUGGGUAUUCGACUGGAUGAUUGGACUCAAAGGUGCCCUUGAUCCCGCUUUGAUAUCAGAACAGACCUACCCCAAAACGUUUGCGUGGGUCGCUCGUUUCCGGAAGGCUUUGACUGCAGCCAGGUCUGCAGCACCAGUGCCGCCAACCUUGACAGGGGAAGAUGUGCUCGAAGGUCUCAGCCGUGCGCAAUUUGCUGAGGCGGAAGGCACUGUUGAUCCCACUGAUCCAUUGAAGUUGCAGAAAGGCGAUGAGGUUUUUGUGUUCCCCACGGAUACUGGAGUCAAUAAGCGGGAUAGAGGGAAUAUUGUAGCUUUGCAUGGGCAAGAGGUGGUAUUGCAGCGGAAAACGGCAGAUGAGCGGUUUGAUGUGCGUCUCCAUUUCCCUCGCACCAACUUCAGGAUUCUCAAAGUCGAUAACAUGAAACUAUGA